GUGGAAAUCUCAAAUAAUUGUUGUGGUUUGUGUUUUGUAGAUAAAGAAAGACAAUGGAUUGUGUAUAUAAAAUGAUAUUUUGAUACUUUGAUGCCGAUUGCCGUCACGUAAAUUUAACUUACGUUAACUUUAACACUUCUCAAGCACUGCAUAAAUAUUUAUGCCAUAAAUAUGGAAAGAACACCAUUGUUAACUCGCCCAAAGCCAAAAUCUAUUUGGUCAAGGCUGAGAACAUGGGCUUUUCAGCAAAAAGAAUUGAGUUCAAGAGUGAUAUUUUUGGGGCAGUUACCAACUGAAGAAUAUCCUCCUAAUUAUGUUUGUAAUCAAAAAUACACAUUCAUCACAUUCCUUCCUGUAGUUCUAUAUGAACAGUUUCGUUUCUUUUUAAAUCUAUACUUCUUGGUUAUGGCCUUGACUCAGUUCAUUCCCAGUAUAAGAAUUGGCUAUCUGUACACUUACUGGGGCCCCUUAUGUUUUGUACUCUCCGUCACAUUGAUCAGAGAAGCAAUUGAUGAUUUCAGAAGAUAUAGGAGAGACAAAGAAGUCAAUAGGAAUACAUAUGAGAGGAUAAAAUUGGACUCACCAUGUGAAGACUACCGUCCAUACAUGACCGAGUAUGCCUCGGCAUCAUCUCUACGAGUUGGAGACAUUGUCAUGCUUCACAAGGGCGAUAGGGUGCCCGCUGACAUGAUACUGCUUCGGACAAAUGAACAAAUGGGCACUGUCUUUAUAAGGACAGAUCAGUUGGAUGGAGAAACGGAUUGGAAAUUACGAAUACCCCUAUCGUCAACACAGAAGCUGCCAACCGACGCGCACCUUCUCGACGUGAAGGCUCAGCUAUUUAUCGAGAAGCCCGAGAAGGACAUUCACUCGUUCAUCGGCUCCUAUACUAGGCUGGACGAGGGGGAGUCCGUGUCGCUUGAGAUUGAGAAUACGCUGUGGAGCGGCUGUGUUGUUGCCUCGGGACAGGCUGUAGGGCUCGUUAUAUACACAGGCUGUGAGACUCGCAGUGUGAUGAACAACGCGGCACCGCGCUCCAAGGUUGGCCGACUCGAUCUCAGGGUCAACGACUUCACGAAAGUCCUGUUCGUGGCAACCCUCCUCGUAUCGUUCCUGCUGAUUGUGCUGAAGGGCUUCGAUGGCCCUUGGUUCGGGUUCUUCCUCAGAUUCAACCUGCUCUUCUCGUAUAUUAUACCCAUCAGCCUACGUGUAAACCUAGACAUGGGCAAAAUAUUCUACUCCUGGACGAUACAACGAGACAAACAGAUAGCGGGCACAGUGAUGCGUUCCACUACUAUACCGGAGGAGCUCGGCAGGAUACAAUACGUACUGGCGGAUAAGACGGGCACGCUGACUAAGAACGAGAUGAUCUUCCAGAAGUUGCAUCUAGGAAACGCGCUGUAUAACAGCCAUAAUUUUUAUGAGGUGGAGGAGCUACUAACGCAGUACGUGACAAAUGACUCCCCCUCCCUCCCUACCUCCCCGGUUGGUGUGGGGGCGGGCGGGCUUGCGCCCUCCCCCCGCCAGGUGUGGCAGGCGGUGCUGGCGCUGGCGCUGUGUCACAACGUCACGCCCGUCUACGACGAGGACCGUGGCGUGGAGGCGCAGUCCGACAUGGAGAGCAGCGUGAUGUCUGAGAGCUGCGGGGGGGCGGUGCCGCAGCAGCAGCUGUGCGACUACCAGGCCGCCAGCCCUGAUGAAGUCGCGCUCGUCAAGUGGACUGACAUGAUGGGCGUAUCAUUAUACCAGCGUGAUUUAGAAAGCAUAUCCCUAAAGUUGCGUGCUACCAAUGAAGUUCUGCAGUUCAACAUACUACAGAUGUUUCCUUUCACCAGCGAGAGCAAGAUGAUGGGAAUUAUUGUUAAGGAGAAGGCGAGCGAGCGUAUAACGUACUACGUGAAGGGUGCGGACGUGACGUUAGCGCCGCUGCUAGAGGGGGCGUGGCUUCGGGCGGAGAGCGCGCGUCUCGCUGCGGACGGCCUGCGUACGCUCGUCGUCGCCAUGCGUACGCUCACGCAGACUGAGUACGACGAGUUCGAAAUGGAGUACCGCGAGGCGCGUCUUAGCCGAAACCGCAGCGAGCGAAUCGCCGCAGCCGUGUCUAAGCUGCAGCGCGGUCUAACGUUGCUCGCUCUCACUGGCGUAGAGGACCGACUGGCUGAUUACGUGCCGCGCACGCUGAGGAUGCUGCGUGCGGCUGGCGUCAAGGUGUGGAUGCUGACGGGCGACAAGCUGGAGACGGCGCUGUGUAUAGCGCGCUCGCUGCAGCUCGGCGGCGGCGCGCGUUGGGUGACCGCCGCGCAGCGCACGUCGCGACAGCACGCGUACGCGCUGCUCGACGACCUGCGACGCGACGACGCCAACCUCAUUAUAGAGGGGGAGAGUCUGGAGGUGUGCCUAAACUCGUACGAAGAAGAGUUCGUGUGCGCGCUACAACGGUGUAGCGGCGUGGUGGUCGCGCGCUGCUCGCCGACGCAGAAGGCCCGCGUCGCGCGGCUGCUGCGACAGCGCGACUGCGUCGUCGCGGCGGUCGGCGACGGCGGCAAUGACGUCGCCAUGAUACAGGAGGCUGACGUCGGCGUGGGUAUAGAGGGCGCGGAGGGUCGCGCGGCAUCGCUCGCGGGUGAUGUGUCCGCGCCGAACUUCGCGGCGCUCGCGCGACUGCUGCUCGUCCACGGCCGCCGCUCGUACGCGCGCUCCGCUGCGUUGUGUCUGUUCAUCGUGCACCGCGGCCUUAUUGUAUCCACAAUGCAGGCAGUAUUCUCUGUGGUGUUCUAUUUUUCGUCGGUGUCGCUUUACCCCGGUUUCCUUAUGGUCGGCUACGGCACUCUGUUCACUAUGCUACCGGUAUUCUCGUUGGUGCUAGACAAGGACAUAUCAAGUUUGACGGCGCUGCAACAUCCACAACUUUACAAACAGAUGACCAAAGGCCGCCAACUCUCCUAUAAAACGUUCUAUAUAUGGAUCGGGAUAUCGAUAUACCAAGGCGGUGUGAUAAUGUACGGCGCGCUGGUGCUGUUCGAGGAGCAGUUGAUCCACAUAGUGGAGAUCAGCUACACGGCGCUGAUCCUCACGGAGCUGGUGAUGGUGGCGCUGACGGCUCGCACUUACCACCGGCUCAUGCUGGCUGCGGAGCUGCUCAGCCUCGCCAGCUACACCGCCACGCUGCUCAUAUUCACGAGCUACUUCGACAGUGACUUCAUACGACAUUGGGACUUCUGGUGGAAGGUUACAACGAUCACCCUGGUGUCCUGCCUACCGCUCUACAUAGUCAAGAUCAUGCAUAGACGAUGGAGUAACAGACAAUACAGGAAUAUUAAGACGCAUUAGAUUGUACAGAGCCAGUCUACUACAGGUAAUCCCAUCAUAACUAACGGUGACAAUAAGAAAUGUUUCGUGAUUAGAUAGAUAGAUCUUAUCUUUAAUUUGAUGAAGAGUUCUACAGAAAGUAUAUAUAUAAGCUUCAGUGAAAAUCUUCAUUAAAUUACAGAGUAAUCAUCAAAUUACUGGGUGUGGCCGUAAUUGAAAUUGAUCUUACAGUCCUAUUAAAGUGAAUUUGACAGGACCCCCUUAAAGAUUAUUUUACAAAAAUCUUAGGCAAAAUAAUUAUGUACUUGCGUACUCAAGCCUUUAGAAUUAAAAAAGUAGACUAGGCAGAAAAUCUGUUCAAUAUGAACCUAUUAGAUUCAGUAUUUAUACCUUUAGUUAUGGUAUAUAACAAUAUUAUUGUCAUAUCGUACGAGUUUCACAAAUUAUUGAAAUUAUUGGAAUAAUAUUAUCCGUCCUUUUUUUGUUCUAUUUUAUUAAAAAAAGCUGUAUACUUACCUACAAAGUCUUGAUAUCAACGUAUUAAUAAGUCAAUUAAAAAUACGGGAGGCAAAAUAUAGCUUCAGAUAAAGAAUUUGAAUGUAUGUGGGCAAUGCAGUAUAGUACAAAUCUGCGUUUACCAUCAACUAUUUAUUCAGAAUAAUAAAAUGUUUUAACGUGCCUUUAUAUUCAUACAUUCGGGUUGAAUGAAUCGGAAGUCGGAACCUAUCAAUUUUUAUGUCACCGUAAAAUUGUGAAUAACGUUACAUUGUAAUAUUCCUUUUCGACUAACAGUUGACGACCAAAUCGGUCAUGUGGCUUCAGCUGUAUUAAACCUCCGUUAGCUACGCGAGAUUAGUAAGUAUGUAAGCCCAAAAAAAAAAAAAUGCCGGACAAAAAUAUCGCUGGGUAGGUACCGAAAACAAUUCUUGAAAUCGUUGAAUACGAGAAUUGGCCGAUUCCACAAUCGUUUUCGGUACCUUCCCACCGAUAUUUUGUCUGGCUAUUUUUUUUUUUUGGAAAUACAUACUAACUAAUCUCUUGUUUCAAAAAAUUAACACAGCUGAAACCACAUGAAAAUAAUAAUAAUUUUCCUACUUUUAAUUAACGCUGGCAACCCCUUGCCACCACCCGAUCGACUUAAAUUUUUUUUGGGUGCGCAGGAAGUACAGAUCAACUGUUUGGAAAAAAAAAAAGUCGCUGAGCCUACAUUUUUUC